CCCUUUAACGGGGUUCAAAGGCCAUUUAUUUAGAAGUAGAAAAAUACAAUCGCAUUAAUCUAUUAAAAAAAAAAAUCUGGCGUUCCAGUAAUUUGUUAAUUCUUUUGCUCUAUUUGUUAGGGAAGUUUGUUAUUAUCUGUACUUUUUUUCUUCUAAAAUUAAAAAAAAGAUCUUUGAUAAAGAUGAAAUUUAUUCUAACGUAUGCCAAAAUAACAUUCAUCUAUGUAUAAAAAACAUUCAUCUAUGUUUUACCUUAAAUAUAAAAAAAUGUUAUUUUGAGAGAGGAAAAAAUAAAAUAAAAAUAUUUUAGAACAAAUAAAAGUGAGUAGGAGUAAAUUUUCUUUAAAAUGCUAUUAUAGUAAAAACAUAUGUAAUUAAGUGGGUAGGAGAUGAUCUAAAGAAUCUGAUUAUUUAUAACAUACAAAAAUCAAAUGUCCUUGGUGCAUGCUCCAACAAUGAGGUCACAAAUCCACAAGUCGUGGAAUCUAGUCGCCAGCAUCUUCUUUCCGAUCAUCACUCUCCUCUUCUCCGCUCCUCUACUCGGCCACGCCUUGCAUCUCUUCAUCAUGCAUAACAACCACACGUACGACAACGCACCUGACUACCACAAUUACCACACGAGGCCACGUGUCCAGACCCUAAUCAGCCUCUCUCUCCUUGCCGUGUUCCUCCUCAGCAACGCCGCUACGUUUCUUAGGCCACGACGGCUCGGCUUCCCCAAGUACUUUCUAGUUAUUGGUUUCAUCAUCUGCGUGGCUUACGCCGGGUUGAACGAUCUGCGGUACAACCGAUUGUUUUCUCCAGUACCAAAGUGUUUCAAGGCAGAAUAUCCUUCCGGACAACGCAAAUGGGAACAAUAUCAAAUGGUUAAGAUAGAACAAAGUCAACGGUGUUUGCAAAGAGUUCAGUUACGUUUUGUCAGCAGCUAUAACUUACGACCCCUCGAUAGAAGGGUGUUACCUUGCAUCAAGACUGGAUGCUGCAUGCGACCGGGAAAAUGCGAACUUGAGAGGGUGAACGCAACGUUGGGGAUUAUAAGAAACCGUGAAGGACCACCGUUGGAUACGGCGGUGAUAUACGGUCGCCACGGUGGUGAGGCAACGAUAAGAGAUUAUUACGAUAUGUGGAGGAACGAGUUAAGCGUGUUGUACUAUGAUUAUAUGACGUGUCAGCUCAAGAUUAUCAAAUCUCCAAUGCUGCGUAAAUGGUGGCAGCUCGGUGUCUUCUUCUCGUCUAUCACAUGUCUGCUUAAUUAGAUCUCUAUUCUGACAUGAUAUUUUUAAGGAAAAAUGAUUGCCAGCUACCCGAAGUAUCGGCCACUACAUGAGUAACCAUGCCAACUUUAAAAAUGCACACUCAACUACACGAAGUAUAUGGAUUGCAUGCGAACAUCCCUGGACUAUAUGUUGUUAUGUUACUAACAUCAUUAUCCUAAUUUAAUCUGUCGGAACCAGUCACGUGGACGUCAGAGAUGGUAACGGCGUGUGAUUUGCCGUUUGGUCAAUUGAAACCCGACCCGACCCAAUUAAAAAGAAAACCCGACCCAACCCAAUUAAAAAAAACCGAUUCAAUUGCUUCUUCCUCAUCCUUUUUGUCGAAGAAAAACUCAUCCUCUUUGUAGCAGAAACCCAGAGGCCAAAAUCAGCAGAUAUUAAAGUGAAGCGACAUAAUUGAACAGAGCUAAACAUGUAAGAUUCUUAGAACCCAGAUGCUCGAUGUUUAGUUUUUGAUCGAUUGUGAUAUGAGAUUUGAGUUGUUGAAUGGUUGUUCGAUAGAUGGAUCUAAAAUCAGGGUCAUCAAGCAACAGUAGGAACAUAGGUUAUGGUGGUCGCAAAUUGUGUUCUUGUCGGUUGCCAGCAAAGAUUUUCACGGCUUGGACAGACAAGAAUCCUGGCCGAA